AUGAAGUUAACUGGUAUUGUAUUUGUUGCUAUUGUUAUUGCUAUUGCCUCUGCCCAGAUCUCUGGUUCAAUUUCUGGAUCAGCUAUCUCUGGUUCAGGUAUUUCUGGAUCUGGAUCAGGUUCAGGAUCAGGUUCAAGCUCAAGCUCAAGCUCAAGUUCGAGCUCAAGCUUGAGUGGUUCCUCAAUGGGAGGAUCUAGCAGUGAAAACAGUGGAUGGACUGACGCUGCCAAUUUCUUAAUGGGUGUUGGUUAUGGUUUAGAGAUCACUAUUAAUGAAAACUCAACUGUUUGUUUCAACGACUUGAAUGCCACAUUGGUUGAUUUUGGAUCAGGAUUUGACUCAAUUAAGAUGGGUAUCUCUGAUAAAUCAAUCAAAAUGGUAAAGAAUGGUAUUGAGGACUUUGGUUACGGUAUUCUUCAAUUGACUGCUGCCUUCGAGCAAUGUGGAGUUGAAACUUUCAUCAAAGAGAUUAAAGCUAUUGGUACUGAGUUGUCACAAGGUGCUGAUGGAAUUAUCGAAGUUGUCUUGAAGGAGAUUAUCAAUAUCUUCCACAACCGUGACGUUUUGACCGAAGAUUUCAAGAGUGCCAUCUCCUAUUGGGAGCAAAGGGAUUUCCUUGACAGUGGUAAGAGUGUUGGUGUCAUCAUUGGUAUUUUGAUGAAAGACUAA